GAAGUAUAGGAUUACACAUCUAUUUCAGUGCAGCCACGUCAGUUUCUGGAGCCACCAUUUUUAAGACACAGGUUUACUGGGUGUUUGUUUUGCUCAUCUUUGACGAAAGUUGGAACAGAGGUCCAUCUUCAAGAUGAAUACUCUAUGGCUGGUCGCCCUGUGUGGGCUAGUUGUCGUCUGCUAUGCAGGUACGCUGAAAGGUUGUGGAGAGUGUGACAGAAGUGCUUGCCCCUCUGUCUCAUGUCUGGCUGGGAAGAUACAAGAUGAGUGCGGAUGCUGCGAAAUUUGUUUGAAGAUGGAGGGUGAGGAAUGCGACCACAAGUUGAAGCCCGAGGGGUACGGCGACUGCGGCACCGGACUCAUGUGCAGCAAGGUGGACGUCGGACACUACUGCCUUUGCGAAACUGAGGAAAUCAUAUGCGGAAAAGAUGGCGUCACAUACAACAACGUCUGUCAGAUGUACGCUGCCGAGGCGAGGAGCGGUAAAAAGAUUAUGAUUGAGAAGUCAGGACCCUGCGAACCAGGUGCAACGAUCGUGACACCCCCCGAGUUCAGCCGCAACUUCACUGGUGGGUCUGUGAUUCUGUCCUGCGAGGCUAUUGGCAACCCUACCCCCAACAUCGCCUGGCUCUUCACCAGAGUGGACGGCAAGUCCUUCUCCGUGCCAGGCGAUGACAAGUGCGUGCUGACCGCUACCCGUGGGGGACCAGGUGCCUUCCAGAUCACCGGCUGGCUGCAGAUCGAGGGUCUGAAGAAAGUCCACGAGGGUGACUACACGUGCGUAGCCAAGAACACCGAGAGCAAGGACUACGCCAAGGCUAGGAUCAAGGUCGUUGAUGGAUCUUUGGUGUGAGAGAACCACCUACUAGCUGAAGCUCACCUCUAAACAAUUUUUCCGUCUGUAUGUUUGUCUGUCGGUCACAUGAUUGCAGCAGGGAAAUAAGCACCAUUUAAAGAAGUCGUUGUUGAGCCCUUCGACGAUUCGUCACUUUUCGUUCAUUUCCGGAUUGCGCGACUUGCACGAGGGGUGCCAGUCGAACAGCUGCAGCGAAAACACUCCACUCCGUCUUGAAGCAGAAAUACCAGUUCUUCAACAUCCCGUCUCUUGCACCAGUUGACAUUCUCCAAGGUGACAUGCCAGUAAUGGCUCACCAGGCAGACUCGCAAACAACUGCAAAAUAGAUCAGGGAAGCCAAGUAUCCUCGGACAGUUUUCUCAUUCAGACUUGAUCGGAGUUUGUUUACGGACAUAGCCGAUAUAAGCCGAAUGUAUUGAUACUGAUUCCAGUUUGGAAUUGGCUCUGAAGAAACUGGUUUCCGUUUGGUGAUGCAUGUAAAGUUGAACUUGCUUGAUUCCCUGUUGCCGAUUACUAUUGAGUGAUUGUAUAGCAUGCAUAUUGAUAUUUAACUUAAUUGAUUUCAAAUGGUGCUAGAGAUUAAAUGUCAGAUCCAUGUGUAAACUAUGCACUUAUAGCAUUGAUGUUAGGCCUUUCAUAAUUUCCAUGAAUGCAUAAUUGUGAUAUACUGUUUAUUUUGGUACACUCCUCCAAGUAUUAUUUUUGUGAAAUCAUAAGCUCAAAACCAAACUGACUGUCCAUCUAUUCUUCAUGCUUCAGCCAUUGUACCAGGUGUUCCAGCUUUCUUUGAAAUGUGAACAUUGUAUCUGUUGAUUUGUCAUGAUGUACAAUUAAGAAACUUUUGAUCAUUUAUAUAUAAAUUCAAAUUUGGAAUUCAACGAGAUUAAAAUGACUCCUGUUAAUCUAGUCACAAGAUAUUUCUAAAUCGUGCAAUAAAUCUUUAAUCAGA